AUGCGAAAAGUUGGAGAAUCCGAAUCCUUGUGGGUGCAGUUGUGGAUAAUGCCAUUCACGUCGAGGUAUAGGCAAUCAAACUCGGGGAUUCGGUUUUCCGCAAUCAACUGCGAUAUAGCGGGGUAUCGCUCAGACAUCCAUCUGAAAAACUUUGGAACACCCAUAUUUGAAGCGCGCGAAGCCUUCACUACAAAGCUCACCAUGGAUGAUUAUGACCAAGUGGGUAUAGAGGAUGAACAAGAAGAAGAGAGAACGGAGGAAAAGAUAAUCAAUGAAGAGUACAAGACGUGGAAGAAAAAUGCACCCUUUCUUUAUGAUAUGAUACUUAGCACAGCACUAGAGUGGCCUACUCUUACUACACAAUGGUUACCAGAUAAACAAACUCUUCCAGAUAAACCUUAUUCCACCCACCGCCUACUCAUUGGAACACAUACAUCGAGUGAUGCUCAAAACUACCUUCAAAUAGCGCAUGUCCAACUACCCAAUCCAACAGCUCCAGAUGCGGAAGAUUACGAUGACGAGAGGGGUGAGAUUGGCGGUUAUGGAGGCGGGGGAUCAAAGAAGGCACCCAUGGAGGUGAAAUUUAACAUCGUCCAAAAGAUCGAUCACAAAGGCGAGGUGAACAAAGCGCGAUACCAACCACAAAACCCAAACGUUAUCGCAACAAUGUGCACAGAUGGAAGAGUGAUGAUUUGGGACCGAUCUAAACACCCCAGUCUUCCCACAGGCAAUGUCAGCCCUGAGUUGGAGUUACUUGGACACACGAAGGAAGGAUUUGGGUUAAGUUGGAGUCCUCAUUUGGUUGGCCAUCUCGUUACUGGAAGUGAAGACAAAACCGUCCGCCUUUGGGACAUCACACAACACACAAAGGGCAACAAGGCUCUUAGACCUUCGCGAACAUACACCCAUCACUCCUCCAUUGUCAACGAUGUGCAAUACCAUCCUCUCCACUCAUCUUUCAUUGGCACUGUAUCCGAUGAUAUCACACUUCAAAUCAUCGAUGAUCGCGAAGCUGACACCACCCGUGCGGCUGCGGUAUCCAGGGACCAACACAAAGAUGCGAUAAAUGCCAUUGCAUUUAAUCCAGCUAAGGAGACACUCCUUGCUACCGGAUCAGCGGACAAAAGUGUUGGCAUCUGGGAUCUCCGAAACCUCAAAUCGAAGCUGCAUGCGCUGGAGUGUCACAAUGAAUCAGUGACAUCUCUAGCUUGGCAUCCUUUUGAGGAAGCGGUGCUUGCAAGUGCCAGCUAUGAUCGGAAGAUUAUGUUCUGGGAUCUCAGUCGCGCUGGCGAGGAGCAGACGCCUGAAGAUGCUCAAGAUGGGCCGCCUGAGCUAUUGUUUAUGCACGGUGGACAUACCAACCGCAUCUCCGACUUCAGCUGGAACUUGAAUGAUCCGUGGGUUCUGUGUUCAGCAGCUGAAGACAACCUGCUUCAAGUAUGGAAAGUGUCUGAUGCCAUUGUGGGAGUCAUUUUGCUCGGUUACAAGUGA